AUUUUUUCUUUCAUUCUGCCUGACCUCACUCACUGUUCGUCUUCACCUCUUCGAAUCAUUAUUUUCGCCCAAAUUGAUUGCCUGAUUCGUCCACGAUUCCUUAUCCUCGCGCAAUUAUUUGGACCCUAGACAGCAAGAUGUUGCUCCAGAGGUGUAUUGCUGACCGCUGUUGCUCGAACAAAUGAACAGCGUGUUUGCUACCUGCUUGAUUUGUGAAGCUUUUCUGUUUGUGCUUCGCCUGAUUUGAUUAAUUUGGGAAAAUUAUACUGGAUAGUGGAGAAUGAAUCUGAAAUUUAGAUCAGAAGGUGUAUUGAAUUAGUUCCUCAGGCUAAUUGUGUAACAGUUUAGUCAAAUCAGCCAGCUUAUGGUAAAUGAAAUUUUGAUUUAGGGUUUGGACUCUAGACUGAUAUCCGUAAAGUUCGAGAGAUGGUGGGAGAAGCUGUGACGGAGAAGUGGUUUGGUAACAUAUGGAAAAGUUCAUUGAGAAGUAUGCCUUGGGAAAUUGAGAGACCUGUGUUAGGAAUUUUGGCAUUUGAAGUAUCAAGAUUGAUGUCAAAAAUGGUUAGCUUGUGGCAGUGUUUAGCUUAUGGUCAGAUGGUUAGGUUGAGAGAGGAAAUUUCAAACUCAAUUGGAAUCCAUAGGCUUGUAUCUGAGGAUGACAACUACCUUAUGGAUCUUGCUCUUGCGGAGAUAAUCGAGAACGUGAAAAGUGUGGUGAAAUCCGUGGUUAUUCUGGGGAAGAAGUGCAGUGAUUCGAGAUACCAUAAUCUUGAGCUAGUUUUCGACAAUGUGGAUGAGAUUGAUCCAAAAUGGUGUGGAUGGAAGUACCGGCCGAAGAAGAUGGAGAAGAAAGUGAAGAAAAUGGAGGGAUUUGUCGCGACAACCGAGCAAUUAUUUCAAGAAAUUGAAGUGUUGGCAGAGCUCGAGCAGAGUUUUAGGCGAAUUCGAGGCGGAGGUAGUGCAGAUUCGAGCCCGGUGAAGAUACUCGAGUUUCAGAGGAAGGUAUUGCGGCAGCGCCAGGAGGUGAAGAAUCUCCGGGACAUGUCUCCAUGGGGCAGAAGCUUCGACUACAUUGUCCAGCUACUUCUCAAAUCGAUUUUCACCAUUAUUGACAGGGUCAAGUCUGGUUUUGGCAUCGAGCAGAUUGGAAAUGCUUCGGGAGGCAAUGAUUAUGAGCAGAUCAACGGCGAAUGUCUUGUUCGUAGUAAUUCCAUGAGGGCGUCAAUUUAUCCUUCAGAAGUGAAAUCUUUUCGAUUCUCGGUUCCUUUAGGGAGGUCGCUCUCGAAUCUUGGCUUGGGCGUCGGUAAGCACAAGUCGAAGAGGAUAAAAUCGCAUCUUCAGCCCCGAUCAUUUUCUCCCGUCGUCGUCGAGAGCAACACUUCGAAAGCUAGAAAAGUGUCGUCGUUCAUGAACUCGAAACGCUCGAUAAUUGAUGCUUCGCCCUCGACGCUCGGAUUCUCAGCUUUGGCGCUCCAUUUUGCGAACAUUAUCAUAUUGAUCGAGAAGUUAGCGCAGUCGCCUCACCUGAUCAGCACCGACGCAAGAGAGGAUCUUUACAAUAUGUUACCGGCGACGAUCAAGAGCUCUCUGAGGGCAAAGCUGAAGACGUUCUCCCGAACUCCGGCUUCGUCCGCUCACGACGCUGCUUUGGCAGCCGACUGGAGCUUAGCGAUCGGUAAUAUACUCGAAUGGCUGUCGCCUCUCGCGCAUAACAUGGUGAAAUGGCAAUCGGAGCGCAAUUUCGAGAGGCAAAGAUUGGUUUUCCGCUCGAAUGUUUUGCUUGUUCAGACGCUAUUCUUUGCGAACCAAGCGGAGACCGAAGCCGCGAUUGUCGAGCUUCUGAUGGGGCUUAAUUAUCUCUCGAAAUUUGGCAGGGGAACUGACUGGACGCCAUUGAAGGAUCCUCUAAGCUCUGCAAGAUGAUCAAGUUUGAAAAGGUACAUUUAAAAUCAUUACUGUCUUAUAGCCUUCAUUUAAAUGAACCUUUUUACUGAUUUUCCCAGAAAUUUGAUUUGAAGUUGAGAUUGUACAAAACUUGGUUGGAUUUGGGAUGUUUCUGGGGUUGAUGGUUGGAUAAGAAUUUAUACUUGGUGCAAGUUUCUAAGUA